AUGGAUCAAAGAGUCGAGCUGCUCGAACAAUCAGUUCAGUCUCUUUCGGGUGGUCAGGAAGGCAUCGCUAAGCGCCUUGAAGAGCUUUUCUCUCAGCUCAAUUCAUGGAUGGACCGAUUGUCCAUUCAGUCCUCUCCUGGAAAGGGAGUCGAAUCUGAGGCACACACCCCUGAGUCUAGAACCAACCUUACUUGUUCUGGGAGUACUUCUUACACUCCUAAACUGGUAAAACUGGACUUUCCACGUUUUGAUGAGAAGGAAGACCCUACAAGUUGGGUUUGCAGGGCAGAGCAAUUCUUUCAAUUCCACCACACGCCGAAUGACGAACGAGUUGAGAUUGCCUCAUUCCAUUUGGUGGGUGAUGCACAAUUAUGGUACCAGUUACUUAAACAAGAGAAUCCUGUAAUUACAUGGGCAGAUUUUAAAGAAGGAUUUUAUGCACGGUAUGGUCCUAACCAACUUAUCGAUUACUUUGGGGAAUUGUCGAAGCUUCAACAGCGUGGUGGGGCCAUUAUCACAAGCACGACAGUUGGCUGCUUUGUCAGCGGGUUGAUCUCAUCCAUUAGAACAGAUGUGCAGGCCAAUCGGCCGAAAUCCUUAUUUGAAGCGAUCGUACUAGCAAGGUUGUAUGAAGCCAGAAAUUCAGUCCAAGUGAAGGGGACCUCCACAACGUCCCUUCCAGCAUUUCAAACAUCACGUCCCUCACCUAUAAUCAGUCAACCAGCAGCAAAUCCUGUAAAACGUCUGACUUGGGAUGAACUCAAUGAAAGAAAGAAAUUGGGUUUAUGCUUCAAGUGCAAUGAGAAAUUUGGACCUGGGCACCGAUGUAAAAAACUCUUUUCAAUUCAAGCAGUUUUAGAAGAGAGUGAUGAUGAUAUGGAGAUGGAGAUAGAAGAGCAAGAUCAAACAGAGGUACCUGCAAUUUCCUUACAUGCAAUCUCGGGAUUUGAAGGACCAGAGACGAUGAGGCUUAGAGGGAAAUUGGCAAAUCAGUUUGGCACUAUUCUAGUGGAUUCUGGCAGCACCCACAACUUUGUGAGUGAGAAAUUUGCACGGAAAGCAGGCAAAGAACCAACUAGAAGCAAAAAAAUUAUAGUGCUUGUUGCUUCUGGGGAGGAACUAAUGAGUUCAGGUAAAUGUGCACAAACUGAAAUUCUGGUUCAGGGAGUUCCAAUUAUUGUAGAUUUAUACAUUUUACCUUUGGAAGGCUAUGAUGUGGUUCUUGGAACACAGUGGCUGCGAACAUUGGGGCCAAUAAUUUGGGAUUUUUCAGAUCUUCUCAUGACGUUUAAUUUGGAUGGGAAGCAAAUAAUUGGAGACCAAUCGGAUUCUCCAGAGAUUUCUAAGCAGCACCCACAAAUUCAAGCUCUCUUGGAUAAAUUCAGAGUCGUUGCGAAUGAACCAGUGGGGCUACCCCCUCAACGGCUCCAUGACCAUAAGAUUCCUCUAAAAAAUUCCGAACCUAUUUCUGUCCGUCUUUACCGCUACCCACACUACCAGAAGACUGAAAUUGAGAAAAUUGUGUCCGAGAUGCUGACUGCAGGAAUAAUUCGACCAAGCCAAAGUCCAUAUUCUGCUCCUGUUUUGCUAUGUCAAUUCGGCCAAAGGGAAGUUAAGUACCUUAGUCAUGUGAUUUCUAAUGGUGGAGUUACUGUAGAUCCAGAGAAGAUUGAAUCCAUUCAAGGUUGGCCGAAACCCACUUCUCCAAAAGCCUUGCGGGGAUUUUUGGGCCUUUGUGGUUAUUACAGGAAAUUUAUACAACAUUUCGGGAAGAUAGCCAGCCCUCUAACCAGGAUGUUAAAGAAAGAUGGUUUCGAAUGGACCCCAAUGGCAGAAGAAGCAUUUGUCAAAUUGAAAAGAGCUAUGACUUGUGCCCCAGUGUUAGCUUUACCGAAUUUCUCUAAAAAAUUUAUUGUGGAGUGUGAUACCUCGGGGACGGGGGUAGGAGCUGUGCUACUACAGGAGCGGCCAAUUGCCUUUUUCAGUCAUGCUCUACAGGGCAACCAUCUUCUCUUAUCCACUUAUGAGAAGGAGAUGCUAGCAUUGGUACUUGCUGUUCAAAAAUGGAGGCCCUAUCUUCUUGGUCAGACUUUCAUUGUGCGGACAGACCACCAGAGCUUAAAGCAUCUAUGGAGUCAACGAAUUACAACAUCAGCCCAACAGAAAUGGCUAUUUAAAUUAAUGGGCUACAGUUUUACCAUUGAGUAUAAGGGUGGCAAAGAAAACAUUGUGGUCAAUGCUUUAUCCAGACGUGAAGAUGACGAACAGGUGGGGGGGACACGUGUUGGCAAUCUCUUGUCCAAUCCCGAAUUGGAUUGA